CGUCACUUGACCUGGCCUUCCUAGGCUUGCUCAAUCAGCAAUGCUACUGCCCACAAGGCUCAUAUCCUCCACACACCCAACUCUUCAUUUCUCCCAUCCGACGCUCGAGUCCUUUCUCUGGAACACGCUCAUUCGAGCCCACGUCCAAGCCAGGGCUCAGCCAACUGGCCCCACCCAUUCUCCUAUCUCCAUUUUCGUUCGCAUGCGCUUCCAUGGCGUCCAACCUGAUUUCCACACCUUCCCUUUUCUUCUCCAAUCUUUUGCUUCUCCAUCUCUCCUCCAUUUGGGAAGAAGUGUUCAUGCUCAAAUUCUCCGCUUUGGGCUCGCUAUUGACCCUUUUGUUCAAACAUCUCUCAUCAGCAUGUAUUCCUCUUGUGGCAAUUUGGGUUUUGCCAGACAAGUGUUUGAUGAAAUUCCCCAACCGGAUUUGCCCUCUUGGAAUUCCAUCAUUAAUGCCAAUUUUCAAGCUGGUCUAGUUGAUAUGGCUCGGAACUUGUUUGCUGUGAUGCCUGAACGAAAUGUGAUAUCUUGGAGUUGUAUGAUAAAUGGGUAUGUCAGGUGUGGCCAAUAUAAGGAAGCGCUUGCUUUAUUUCGAGAGAUGCAAAUGUUGGGAGUGAAUGACGUUAGGCCCAAUGAAUUCACGAUGUCUGGUGUUCUUGCAGCCUGUGGACGCUUGGGGGCGCUGGAACAUGGGAAAUGGGCUCAUGCUUAUAUAGACAAAUGUGGGAUGCCGGUUGAUGUUGUAUUAGGGACUGCUUUGAUAGACAUGUAUGCGAAAUGUGGCAGCGUUGAAAAAGCAACGUGGGUGUUCAGCAAUUUGGGUCCAAACAAGGAUGUAAUGGCUUGGAGUGCCAUGAUCUCUGGCCUGGCCAUGCAUGGGCUUGCUGAAGAAUGCGUUGGUUUAUUCUCGAAAAUGAUAAAUCAAGGCGUGAGGCCUAAUGCUGUAACAUUUUUGGCUGUUUUCUGUGCUUGUGUACAUGGGGGUUUGGUGAGUGAAGGGAAGGAUUAUUUGAGGAGGAUGACUGAGGAUUACAGUAUUAUUCCGACCAUCCAACACUAUGGUUGCAUGGUUGAUCUUUAUGGGAGAGCUGGUCGCAUUAAGGAGGCCUGGAAUGUUGUGAAAUCUAUGCCUAUGGAGCCUGAUGUGCUUGUGUGGGGAGCUCUUUUGAGUGGGUCUAGAAUGCAUGGGGACAUCGAAACAUGUGAGCUUGCUCUCAAGAAACUAAUUGAGUUGGAACCCACAAACAGUGGAGCCUAUGUACUCCUAUCAAAUGUGUAUGCAAAGAGAGGUAGGUGGGAGGAUGUAAGGCAUGUGAGAGACCUCAUGGAGACAAUGGGGAUUAAGAAAGUUCCUGGGUGUAGUUUGAUUGAAGUUGGGGGAGUCCUUCAUGAGUUUUUUGUGGGAGAUGAUUCUCAUCCAGAGACAAGACAGAUACACAUGAUGCUUGAGGAGAUCUUGGAGAGAUUGAAGGUGGAAGGUUAUGUAGGAAACACAAAGGAGGUAUUGCUGGACUUGGAUGAGGAAGGAAAGGAGUUAGCCCUGUCCCUUCAUAGUGAAAAGCUGGCCCUUGCCUAUGGCUUUCUAAAAACAAGCCCAGGUACACCAAUACGUAUAGUUAAAAACCUUAGGAUAUGCCGUGAUUGCCAUGUUGCCAUAAAGAUGAUAUCUAAGGUGUUUGAUAGGGAGAUCAUUGUCAGAGAUUGCAAUCGGUUUCACCAUUUUACACAAGGAUUAUGCUCCUGCAGAGACUACUGGAAGCUGAACAAUGAAAGUAUUGAAACAUGUCGAGUGAGUGAAGGAUUGGCUGCUUUGGCUGGUAGCCCUUGUCCUUCUUGGGAUAGUUUAGGCUAUACUCGAAGAAAUCUGGGUAGCGACCCUUUUCCUCUUUUGGUUUCUCCAGAGUUUGAAACUGUGAAUUAUGGAUUUCUCCCCAUUACCAGAGAUGAUUUGAAACUUGGGAAAGUUUUAUCACGUCUUUUUUGCUGGAUUCUGGAUAGUUAUCACUUCAUCCCUGAAGUUAUUUCCUUGAGAAGGGAAUGUAAAUAUUUUGCAAGAAGGUCUGUUGUUUCAUUCUUGAACUGUGAUUUGGGAACACUUAAGAUGGCUUGGGUACAUGAGCAAUUACCAGGGAACAUUCUUGAAGCUUAUAAUAUUUCUGUGCGUGAAAAAUGUGAAAGCUACUUACUUUUUUCUGGUGAAACGUCCCUUGGAGAUGGAUUUCGAACCUUCUUGUAUUUUCUUGGUCUCGCAUAUUGUUUUAUUGGAUUAUCAGCUAUAACUGCCCGUUUUUUCCAGUCUAUGGAGAAUGUUGUUAAGCACAAACGGAAAGUGGUGAAGAUAGAUCCUAGAUCAAAUACAGAGAUUAGACAUGAGAAGGUGUGGAAUUACACAAUUGCAGACAUCACUCUAUUAGCCUUUGGCACUAGCUUCCCUCAGAUCUCUCUAGCUAUUAUCGAUUCUAUACAAAACCUUGGGAGCCGGUAUGCUGGAGGUUUGGGUCCUGGAACACUUGUCGGUUCUGCUGCAUUCGAUCUAUUUCCCAUCCAUGCUGUUUGUGUUGUAGUUCCAAAAGCUGGGGAAUUAAAAAAGAUCUCUGAUGUAGGAGUUUGGCUUGUAGAGCUCUUUUGGUCCUUUUGGGCUUAUGUCUGGUUAUACAUAAUCUUGGAGGUAUGGACCCCAAAUGUGAUUACAAUUUGGGAGGCGUUGUUGACAGUGCUGCAAUUUGGAUUACUACUGAUACAUGCUUAUGCUCAAGACAAGCAGUGGCCCUACUUAUCUCUUCCUUUGCCAAGAACUGAGAGGCCAGAGGACUGGGUUCCUGAUGAGGCUGCUUCACGCAAACAAGACAAAAUUGCUGGUGAUGAGUGCUCUGAGUUAUUUCAAGAAAAUGGGAACAUUGUUGAUAUUUUCUCCAUCCAUUCAGGAGAUGGGUCAGUGUAUCACAGGAUCUCUGGCAGUGAAGUUGCUGAACCCUCCAAUGAACAUUUUCAGAAAAACAUUAUUUUAGAAGAUUCUCAUUUGCUAUCACUCUGGAAGCAGCAAUUUGUGGAUGCUUUUACGUUGGAAAGCUCAGAAUCAAGAAAAUUGGACAACAUCUAUCUAUGGGUAGCUAGAAUUUUCUGGCAGUUGCUGCUUUUGCCUUGGAGAUUUCUGUUCGCUUUUGUGCCUCCUCCUCAUAUUGCUCAUGGAUGGUUUGCCUUCAUUUGCUCUCUAAUUUUCAUCAGUGGGAUAGCCUACAUUGUAACCAAGCUUACAGAUCUAAUAAGCUGUACCUCAGGAAUAAAUUCUUAUGUCAUAGCAUUCACAGCAUUAGCAGCUGGAACUUCAUGGCCAGAUCUAGUGGCUAGCAAGAUUGCUGCUGAACGCCAAACAACAGCAGAUUCUGCCAUUGCAAACAUCAUUUGCAGCAAUUCUGUGAAUAUAUAUAUGGGCAUUGGCAUUCCAUGGCUGAUUAACACAACAUACAAUUUCAUUGCCUACCGGGAGCCAUUAGGGGUUCAAAAUGCAGAAGGGCUUAGCUUCUCUCUGCUUGUUUUCUUCUGUACUUCUAUAUGCUGUAUUGGCGUUUUGGUACUCAGGCGUCUGACAUUGGGUGCCGAGUUGGGAGGGCCGAAGAUUUGGGCCCGUCUCACAUGUGUGUACUUCAUGUCACUUUGGAUUAUUUUUGUUGUGCUCUCCUCCCUCAAAAUUUAUGGCAUCAUAUGAUUGAUUAUGCUUUUUCA